CUCAUCUCCUCCAGAUUUCAGUGUGAUGGAGUGAGAAUGGGACGAGGCAGCGUCGAAAGUGACUUCAGCCCUGGAGGCUGAUGCACGCUCUCCAUCGGCCCGCCAGAAUGCACAUAGCAUCGGUUGGCGUCAGUAAGGUCGGCUUCCUGUUUUCCCUUGCGCUCGGCGGCCUCCUCUUGUUGCUCAUCCCAGCUCUCCAACCCACGGCCCGCCAGUUGGACCUGCCACAGCCCAGACCUCAAGUGAAGACCUCAUCUUACACUUUACAGCACAAUACUGGGCCUCCCACAGUGUCCGAUUCUGCUGGGGACACAGAAACGGCCACGGGGUUAAGUAUUAGCUCAGAAGGGAUGAAUGGUACCAUAGAGACUGAACCUUUUGAGAAUGAUGACGACAAGGAGACAUACUCUGAAAAAAAUUCUGAAGCGCUUUCCUUGCCUGAAGGACAAAGUCGAAUACUUCCUCGACCUGGAUCACGAGACCCGCUGGAAUUAAAGGACAUUUUUAUUGCAGUUAAAACCACCAGGAAGUACCACAAGUCCAGAGUGGAGCUGCUGAUUCAGACCUGGAUAUCUCAGGCCAAAGAACAGACCUAUUUAUUCUCAGACGGUGAAGACAAACAGCUGCAGAUGAGAACAGGUGCAAAUAUUAUUAACACCAACUGCUCAGCGGCUCACACUCGACAGGCUCUCUGCUGCAAGAUGUCUGUUGAGUAUGACAAAUUCAUUGAGUCUCAAAAGAAGUGGUUUUGUCAUGUGGAUGAUGACAACUAUGUGAUCCUACCUAGCCUGUUACAACUGCUGUCUUCCUACCACCACAGCCAGGAUGUUUAUCUUGGUCGGCCCAGUCUUGAUCACCCCAUCGAAGCUGCAGAAAGGAUCAAGAGCAAUGGAAUGGUGUCAGUCAAGUUCUGGUUUGCAACAGGCGGUGCGGGUUUCUGUAUCAGCCGCGGUCUGGCGCUGAAAAUGAGUCCGUGGGCCAGUUUGGGGAAUUUCAUCAGCACGGCAGAGAAGAUCCGCCUCCCGGAUGAUUGCACCAUCGGCUACAUUAUUGAGGCUCUGCUGGAGGUCGCCUUAAUACACACACACCUCUUCCACUCCCACCUGGAAAAUCUCCAAAAGCUGCCCACUGACAGUGUGUUGGAGCAGGUGACGCUGAGCUAUGGGGGCUAUGAGAAUCGACGGAAUGUGGUCAGCAUUGUCGGAGGCUUUUCACUGGUUGAAGAUCCGACAAGGUUUAAGACGGUACACUGUCUACUCUAUCCGGAUACUGACUGGUGUCCAAAGCCUAAACCUCAUCAUGGAAAGUGACUUCCGCUCGACCUUUUUCCGGCAGCUCUAAAUUAAAGUGCUGCCCCGUUAUGCUGAGCUCAAGCGACCUUGACUUGGGACUUUCUCACAACUGAUGCUUUAAAAUUCAAGCCAUGCUCGACCUACCUCAUGAGAGUUUGAAAUGAUUCAUUCGCCAAAAGUCAUCCUGAAUACAGUGCCAAGCCUUUCAGAGCCAGAAUAACAGAAAUGAAUCAGAAGUGGUUCAUGGUGGCUGGAGUAUAUGAAGAUCCUUCUGGGAUCCAACGUCAAAUUGCACACAUUUUCUGCUGUGAUGCUCAAGUGAGCUUACUGAAAACCGAAGAAACAAUGACUCGAAUACACAUAACUGAAGUCUUGGAGAAAGGACAUAUGUUGUACCUCUGUGAGGAGAGCAUUUAUGGCUGCCGCUAAAAAGGACCCUAAUGCUCUUCGCACUUUCAGUUGCAGUUACAACCCCCAUUUCCAAUGAAGUUGGGACAUUGAAUAAAAGGUAAAUGAAAAACCAAAUACAAUGUGGGCAAUAUUCACUCAUUUUGAAUUGAUGCCUGCAGCAUAUCCCGCAAAAAGCUGGGACAAAGACAGUCAAGGAAUGCUCAAAAAUCACCUUUUUGGACAUGAACAGGUUCACUGGAAAACAGAUAAGUCAUGAUUGGGUAUGAAAGGAGAAUCCCCAAAAGAUCAGUUGUUCA